CUCUUAAUGUUGCAGAGCCAUGAGCCAAUGCUCCAUUCCCUUCUCACCAAAACUAGGGCACAAUUAUUUAUCUUUAAGGCCGUUUUUAGGGCAUGACUCCACUGAACUAUAGAGAUUAUUCAGUAUUGAAAUCGAAGAUGAAUUCUUCUUCUUCAGGAUGGAUCAGCAUAGCUGCGAGUGCUAAGAAGCUCGAUGUUGAUAAUACGAUAUCUCUGCGUUAUUACUACCGAAUUGCGGAUAAUCUCCUGAAGCAGGCUGAAAUCUAUCGUGAGGAGAAAAAUCUUGUUGACCUGUACAUAAUGUUGCUUAGGUUUUCCAGUUUGGUUUCUGAAACUAUACCUUGCCAUAAAGAUUAUCAUGUGCUGCUGCAGAAGGAGAAAAGUUUUUACAUGCAGAAAUUAUUGAAAACUCUCAAUGAGUUGGAGAAAUUGAAGCCUGUUGUUCAACAACAAGUUGAAGUACUAAACAAAAAGCAUGCAAGUAAAGGGGUUAGGCACAAUGAUUCUCUUGAUUCUUCACUGGAAUGGCCUCCUGUCAAGAAGCCAAAUCGUACAAACUAUGAGAUUAUGCCGGUAUACAGGGGUAACAGACAAGAUGGUGCACUUCAUACUUCAUGGAAGAAUAAUGAGUUUAAUCGAAACAGCUUCUCAAAUUCUAAACAAAUAAUAGAGCCACUUCGCAAGAUGUCUUUGAAUGUACCUCUACCUAAGGAGGAAACACUUUCAAGACACUCCAUUUUGGGUCCAAAUGGGCUUCAUGGACAGUGGCAGGCACCUUUUAGUGACAGAGGGGUCCAGUAUCCUCGCAAUCUUGAUUUGACUCCAAUUGAAAUUCCAAGCCCGAGUCAAACUGGACAAGAUGGAGUUAUGAUUAGGGACGGUACUGGAUCAACCCUUCAUAGCUCAACCAUUGAAUCAGUUCUUUCACUCGAUGAUGGCAGGGGAUUUCUUCAUAGUGAGGAGCCUUGUCCAAUAUCCAUGGCUAACACACUUGAAGUUCCUGUUAAAUUCGAUAUUAUAAGGCAACCUUCUCCUCCACCUGUUCUUGCUGAUGUGCAAGAUUUGAUACCUCCUGCGCCACCUCAAGUCAUUGACUCAAGAAUUGGACUUGCAAAGCCUUCACAGGAAGAGCUUGUUCAAUCUGAAUCUCCUUUGCAGCUGCAUGUUUCAGUGACUAUGAUGGAAGAGUUCAUGAGGCUGGCCAAGUCAAAUACACAGAAAAACUUAGAAACAUGUGGUGUUCUUGCUGGUUCACUUAAAAACAGAAAAUUCUUUAUUACAGCUCUGAUCAUCCCAAAGCAAGAGUCCACUUCUGAUUCGUGUCAAACUAUGAAUGAAGAAGAAAUAUAUGAAGUUCAAGAUACACGGUCUCUUUUCCCUCUUGGAUGGAUACAUACACAUCCUUCUCAGUCCUGUUUCAUGUCAUCUAUCGAUCUUCACACCCAUUAUUCAUACCAGAUCAUGUUGCCGGAGGCGAUUGCGAUUGUCAUGGCGCCCACGGAUACUUCAAGGAAGCAUGGUAUUUUCCGUCUAACGGAUCCAGGUGGGAUAACAGUGAUAAGGGAAUGCCAGCAACGUGGCUUUCAUCCCCAUGACGAGCCAUCCGAUGGGAGCCCGAUUUAUGACCACUGCACUCACGUGUAUAUGAACCCUACCCUUAAAUUUGAGGUAAUUGAUCUUCGGUAAAUCCCCACAUCUUAUUUAUGUUACCGAAUUGAUUCAUAUCAGGAGUGUUUUCUUUUUUUUCCUUUUGAACUAGUCUUGUAUGAUGAUUUGUUCAGUUUAAGGGUAAUAUGUAUAGCUAGUUGAAUAUGAUUGAUUUUUA